CACGGACAGAGCGCGGCCGGGGACCGCGGGGACGGGGCCGAGCCAGCCGGGCUCCACGUCCUCACCCGGCGGAGCCGCCGGCCGAGAAAGGAAGGAUGAGAGCCCAAACUUGCUCCAGGUGACGGAUCCGAGGGCACCUGAGCGUCCUCGCGCAGACCUGAGGCAUGGCUUUGCUCAUCGCUUGGGUCUGCGUCGCUGUGAGCAUCGAGAAGGCGCUGGGGGGCCAAGGCGACGGGGGGGACCUCUACUCGGAAAACAUCACUCGCAUCCUCGACAAGCUGUUGGACGGCUACGACAACAGGCUGCGGCCGGGAUUUGGAGGUGCCGUGACAGAAGUCAAAACGGACAUCUACGUGACCAGCUUUGGGCCGGUGUCCGACGUGGAGAUGGAAUACACAAUGGAUGUCUUCUUCCGGCAGACAUGGACUGAUGAGAGGUUGAAGUUUGGUGGGCCAACAGAAAUUUUGAGAUUGAACAAUUUAAUGGUCAGUAAAAUAUGGACACCAGACACGUUUUUUAGAAAUGGAAAAAAAUCAAUUGCUCAUAAUAUGACAACUCCUAACAAACUUUUCAGAAUUAUGCAGAAUGGAACUAUUCUUUACACAAUGAGACUAACCAUUAAUGCUGACUGUCCUAUGCGGCUGGUGAACUUCCCAAUGGAUGGACAUGCUUGCCCUUUGAAGUUUGGAAGCUAUGCUUACCCAAAAAGUGAAAUAAUUUAUACAUGGAAAAAAGGACCUCUGCAUUCUGUAGAAGUACCACAGGAGUCUUCCAGUCUCCUCCAGUAUGAUCUCAUAGGACAAACUGUAUCUAGCGAAACAAUUAAAUCUAACACAGGUGAAUAUGUAAUCAUGACAGUUUAUUUCCACUUACAAAGGAAGAUGGGAUACUUCAUGAUACAGAUAUAUACUCCUUGCAUUAUGACAGUCAUUCUUUCUCAGGUCUCUUUUUGGAUUAACAAGGAGUCUGUUCCAGCCAGAACAGUUUUUGGAAUUACUACAGUUCUAACAAUGACCACUUUAAGCAUCAGCGCACGCCAUUCUUUGCCCAAGGUGUCCUAUGCUACUGCUAUGGAUUGGUUCAUAGCUGUGUGCUUUGCCUUUGUCUUCUCUGCACUUAUUGAGUUUGCAGCUGUCAACUACUUUACCAAUCUUCAGACUCAGAGAGCAAUGAGGAAGGCAGCAAGGGCAGCAGCACUGGCAGCAGCACUAUCAGCAGCAACUGUACCGGCAGAGGACGAGAUUGUCUCGCAUUCUGACUCCAAUUGUAACCUGAAGAAGCGAGUAAACUCCGUAACAUCUCAUGCAGAUCAGUCUCCUGAAGCAAGCAUAAUAUCAAACAGUGCAUCCCAGUGUCAACCUGUGUCUGCUCCUCCACCAGCCCCCCCAGCACCACCACCAGUUGGAGGCACAAGUAAAAUAGACCAAUAUUCUAGGAUCCUCUUUCCAGUGGCAUUUGCAGGAUUCAACCUGGUAUACUGGGUUGUCUACCUUUCAAAAGACACUAUGGAAUUUUUCGAACCUACUGCAAUGCACCUCCGAAAUGAUCAUCAGACCAACUGAAGAACAGCAGUGCUUAAAAGAAAUCACUGAAGGUCUUCUGGAGUUAAAAUAAUUUCAAAGGAAACAAGCGCUCUCAGUUUUCAAACACUGAGCAUUCAUACUGGAUAUCACCUGGAAACAAACACUGGACAAAUAAAAAAAGAUUGAAACUGCACAGAGUUCUAACAAAAUUUUGAUUUCUUACAGUGAUUCUAAUAUAGAAUUUAUUGUUAAAUUAUUUCGUUCAGUGGUCAAAGAAAACAUUUGUAUUUCUUGUAGUUCUGUUACAAAUAAUUGAAUGUUUACAUUGAUAUAAAAUAUCAAUAAUAGAAGAUUUUCUCCUAAAUGCAGUGAGGAUUACUCAAAGAAACCACAUUCAAAACUCAUAUGAAUUAGCAUUCUUUCACUGAAAUGCAAGGACCCACACUGAUGUGCAGUCAAAAUUGGCCCCAAAAUAAUGCUAAAAAAAUUCCAUGAAAGGGAUUUGAAGCCCCAUGGCAUUGUUGUAACAUUUUCAUAGAUCAGAUGAAUGAUGAAUCCUGGUUUUCUGUAAUUUAUCUUAAUUUCCUUUAAUCUGAGGCAAUUUUUAUGGGGGG